CAUUUAAUGUCAAAACAAAAUGGCUGAGAAUUAGUGUUAUCUAAAUUAUGCGUUUGUUUUUCAAAUGAAAAAUAAGUAUUGACACAACUUUUUAGGCUAUUAAAUUUAGCAACAGCAACUAAAUUUUUAAAAUCCUAAUUAACAGUAAUCACAGAAAUAUUAGUGUGCCAGAUUGUCACACAAUGUUUAAACCAGAAUCACAAAAAGGCACAUUUUUAGAACAAACCAAAGCUGCAAGGGAGGAAAGAGCACUGGAAAAACGCAGAGAAAAUGCUGCGGUUUCAAUUCAAGCACAUAUCCGAGGAUGGAUAGCACGACGUGACUUUACUAAAUUAAUUUUGCAAGAAUACGACAAUGAGAUGAAAAUUAUCCAUGAGGAUGUUAAGGUCACUGAUUUGAAAUCAUCUUUCUACAUGUAUCGUAUCAUCCAACGUUAUCUCAUUGUCUGGAAGAAAGAAAGAGACAAGGAACGCUUUGAAAAAUUGUGCAAGUACUUGGUGCUCAGUUUGGAUUCAGAGAGUGCUAAAAUCAGCUAUGUAGGAGUUGCUCUGAGUAAGGAUCAUGCUAUCUCAUGGAUUACACACAUCAAGGACAUUUUAUGGAAGUGUUGUGACUACUUGGAGGAUCUGCGGCCAGACGUAGCCUCAGACACUCGCAGUAUCCUGCUACUGCUGCACACUCUGGUUGCAUUCACUGCAACCAACACUUGGGCUCUGCUACGGACAUCGGCCGUUGCGCCACUACGCCAGGGGAUGGCACAGUUGUGUGCCAACAUCAUGGGACACCUGUUCAUGAGGGGCUUCUACAUCACACUCAAGGCUCUGCUGCUGAGAGGACUGGCAAGGUCCAAGGUCAGUCUGAAGCAUGUGUCUCUGUCCGCUAUCUUAACUCUGGCCUCUCGUCCCCUCAUCUCUGCUAACCUCUCAGACAAGCUGGUCUCCAUGUUCCUCAUACACAUCCUAAGUGUGCCUGCGCUGGUGCAGCACCUUAACAACCUGGCCCCCGAGUGCUUGACAACACUGGAGUCAGCUGAUUUCCUACCUAGAGCCAUGGAGCUCCUCAGUGGAGAGCAAGAUAUGAGAAUUGUGUUCAACACUCUAGAAGGGAACUACGCUCUGUGUCUGUUGGCCAACUUGAUCCACCUUGCCUACCUGCAGCGAGACACUGCCCUGCACAUCAUGCACUUCCCAACAUUUACAAUGGUGGUGACACGGUUGUUGGAGUCUUGUCAACAUUACGUGUCCACUAAGCAGUCCAAUCUGACCCACUGGCACCCGGUGCUUGGGUGGUUCGCUCAGUCACUGGACCCAGGUCUCCAGGACGCCGUCCCACAUAUCAAGGAACAGCUGUUUCUGUUGUGGAGUCAACCUAUCGUCACUAAGCUGCUCGGCUCUGCCUUGGACGAGGCUUUGGACCAGUUCCCAGAAACACCACCUCCCCCGACUCCUCCACCAAGCAGUAACCUCUUCAAGAGAGCUCUAGAAGCCAGGACCAACAGAGCCAAUGCUGCUAAGCAGUUGCGCAACAAGCUAGGCAGUCCUGAGACUACCAAGGUGGCUUUGAUCUGUACCUUGUACCACACGGCUCUCCACACUCUCACACAACUCAGGCUCGACAUUCUGACAGGUCUCUGUUACCAAGACAGAAUCCUCUACCAGCUUUGGAGGUUCCUAGCAUCACUUGGGCCACACUGUGGUCUCAAACCCUUCCUCAACCUGUUGUCAAUCAACACCAAAGGCUCAGCCCCAGAGUUCAACGUCCUCAUCCUGUUUGCAGACUGCAUGACUCACUAUGUCACGAUUCUGGAUGAUAUUGAGAUGUAUGAACAACAGAAACCCUUCACUCUCAAUGACUACAUCUCUAUGUCUAGUUUUCUCAAUCAUUUUCUUUUCACGGGUAUCAUGAACAACCAUUUUGAUUCCAAGAGCAUCAACAGCAACGGGCUAUUCCACUCUCUGCACACUCUGCUGAUGGUGUUGUAUAGACGAGAUAGUAGACGUAACUACGCUCCUGCAGGGCACUGGCUCAUCAAGGACCUUCGCACCAGCUCCUUCAUGGCAGACCUCGACAAGGGCAAGAAACCCAACCAGUUACUCUUGCAGAAGAUGCCUCAUGUGAUCCCCCAUGAAGAGCGAGUACAGCUGUUCCGCAAGUAUGUAGCUAAUGAGAAGUCAGUGCUGGGGUUGACAGAGUCUGCUUGUGUCUCGUCUCAAAGUAGUACUCUAAUCACCGUUCACAGGAGUCGUAUCGUGGAGGAUGGUUAUCGUCAGCUGGCUUUGCUACCAGCCCAGGCUCUAAAGGGUGUCAUACGAGUGAGGUUCAUCAAUGAACAAGGCUUAGACGAGGCAGGGAUUGAUCAAGACGGUGUUUUCAAAGAGUUUUUGGAAGAGACCAUCAAACGAGUGUUCGACCCUUCACUGAACCUGUUUCGGGUGACAACAGAGGAGCGACUCUACCCUUCCCCGACCUCGCACCUGCAAGACAACCAUCUGCAGCUUUUUGAGUUCAUUGGCCGCAUGCUUGGGAAAGCGGUCUAUGAGGGUAUCGUCGUAGAUGUUCCCUUUGCUUUGUUUUUCUUAUCGCAAGUGGCUGGGCAGACACAGCAAGCUCUGUACUCGUGUAUGGAUGAACUCCCUUCUCUAGAUAAAGACCUCUACAGGAGUCUUACGUACAUCAAGCAUCUACAGGACCCAGUGUCACAGCUUGAUCUCACAUUCUCAGUUGAUGAGGACGUCCUUGGCAAGCUUGUCACCCAUGAGCUGAUUCCUGGGGGCAGAGCAGUUCCUGUCACCAGUCAGAACAAGAUCAACUACAUCCACCUGAUGGCCCACUUUCGAAUGCACACCCAGAUUCAGAAACAGACGGCUGCCUUUAUCAGAGGCUUCCGCUCCAUCAUUAACAUGGAAUGGCUAUCCAUGUUCUCUACGCCCGAGUUACAGAGGUUGAUCUCUGGAGACAAUGUUCCACUGGACCUGGUGGACCUGAGACGUCACACACAGUACUACGGUGGCUUCCAUGACUCUCACAGAGUGAUACUGUGGCUAUGGGACAUAUUGCAUCGUGACUUCAAUGAUGAAGAAAGAAAGUUAUUCCUUAAGUUUGUGACCAGCUGUUCCAAGCCUCCAUUGCUCGGGUUUGCUCACCUAGAGCCACCAUUCUCCAUCCGCUGUGUGGAGGUAGGGGAUGACGAGGACACUGGUGACACCAUUGGAAGUGUGAUUCGUGGAUUUUUUACGAUUCGCAAAAAGGACCCACAACAUCGGCUCCCCACUUCGUCCACUUGCUUCAAUCUGCUCAAGUUGCCAAACUACCAGCGCAAGAGCACCUUGCGAGAGAAGCUGCGAUACGCCAUCACGAGCAAUACAGGGUUUGAACUGUCUUAAAUAGCUUGCGCCGUGGGACUAGGAAAAUUUCAAAAUGUUCAGGUCUAAAGUCUCAAUCUUCUCUUACACCUAAGUUCAAGAUAUAUGUAUUUAAGUUACCUAUUAUUUAUUUCCUAAUUUAGUUGUCUUUUCAUUAUGAUACAUUGUACAAACAUUAGUAAAUUUAAAUAUUAUUGACUGUGCUUACUCUUUGUUUCUAACUGUAUCUAUCUAUGCUUAUUACGUUAUUUGAUAUAGGUUAGUUUUAUGAUUAUAGUUUUAAAAUAACAAAAGUUUUAAAUAUGUAUAAAAAUUUAAAGAGUGUUUAUUUUCUCAAGGUAUCUCAUAGGUCACAAUAGAUGUUUGUAUUUAUAAGUUAAAACAUGUUGUAUCUGUUAAUGUUAUGUGUAAGUAAUAGGAUAGUAAUUUCUCUUUAUGUAAAAACAAAAAUGGUUAAUGUAUAUCUAAGUAGGAUUUACCUAUUAAAACUGGUUUACCUAUAGUUUAUAAAACUGUUCCCAAUUAAUUUACUUGAGCCAAAACGAAAUUUUUUUAUGUUUAAACUAAACUAAAAGUAAUUGACAACUGUUCACUGUUGAGAGAAAAAUGUGUCAAGAAGUACAAUUUCACCUAAAUUUUCAGGCUUUUUCAUAAAAUAUAUAUUUUUUAGCUAUGUUUUCUUGUCACAAGUUGGUGAAUCUCUUAGUGUGGAUUGUCUUUACUACUUACAGUAUACUGUUGCCUAUAAAUCCUUUUCAGCGACAUUUUAUUACCAAAAUCACAAGUCAUUGCUACUGUUGAAUGCCAUUAACAUUAGGUGUAUAGAAGGAUUUUUACUUUGCUUGAAUACUUUUAGUAUUUAUGUGUUUUAGAUGUAAACAGUUUACAAGAUAUCCUUGUCUUUUAAGCCUCUUUCGUAGUUCAAUUUUCAAUGGGAACCUUUGACUAUUGAUAGAACAAUCAGCAUCAAGUCAACAAUGGGUGGGAUUGAGAACUAUUACUUUGAAAAAAUUGAUAAAAAUGUGUAGCUGGUAUCCUUACUUCCAGUUGUUUAUUUUUAACUUACCAUAGGGAUAAAAAAAACUACUAGAUCUACACAACAAUACAAUUAUCUGGAAACCACUAUGAGAACCACUAUUUCACUGUAGGAUGACAUAAAAAAUAUUUUUACCACAUUAUAAUUUUAAUAGGUUUGUUAAUUAUAACUGCCUGCAAAGUAAGUGUGGAGUUUUAACACGUUCGCUGCGGCCCACCAAAUGGCGGGCGUAGCCCCAGUGCGGCGCAGUGUCGAGCGGAUCUGUUUUGCUUUCAAAUAUUUCGGUCUGAUGAAUAGCAAAUUAAGUGCGGUGAUGUUCUGCGUUACGACGAGUGUCGACGUAGUUUGCUGAAACACUCACAGAUAGCAGCACUGUCUGGAACCAGCUGGUCCCAUUGUAUUGCCAAUAGUAGGGAAUAGGAGGGAGAAAAAGCAGGACAAAAAGUUUAUUUCUAAGCUUACCAGAAGGGGAUUUUACGGGGGAAAUUUACUACCAACCUAUACCACAAUAAAGCACCCAUUCCUAGUUAAACGCAGACAUAAAAAUACCCGUUCUUCCCGGUAGGCUGCUGCUCAGAAACUUAAUGGAAUUUAGGCAAUGCCAGCACUCACCGGUGAGUGGCGCACAGCAAAUGUGUAAAAACUUAUGUAAAACACAAACUAAUUUAUAUAACACAGUUUAAAAAACAAUUGGGUCUUAAACCUUUAACACUUAAUGCCAUUUGUGAACUCCGUUAUACGUUUUAGGAUCUUCUAAUACCUAUAAUUACUGCAGAUCCGCUUUAGUAAAUGUCCCGCUGAGGGGGGCACAGAUAUAUUUGGAGCCCAUAGCGUGUCACAUGUAACCCAUGGGCCUGAAUUACUGUGAAUAAUGCAACAUAUUUAUAAUCUAUAUGACUAAAUAAAUGCAAUGUAAAUCUUUACGUGAUGUAAAUGAAUAGUUUUUAAAGCAUACGUUGUGGAAGGGAGCAAUCAACCUGUUUACUCAUAUUUACACCUCUGAAUGAAUUACAUGAUUUUAUACACUUUAAUCCUUUUUGCCUAUUGAUUGAUAUAGAUUGAAUGUAUACAAUUUUAUGUAUAUAUGAAUUCAGUGUUGGUAAUAAAACCAUUGUAUUAAAAGAGUAGGAUUGAGCUUAUAUUUUAGAAAAGAAAGUGUUAAUAUAGGAAUAAGAUACACUCAAGUAUCCAAAGAUGAAGUUUAUUUUCUGAGUAGUUGACUGUGAAACAAUUUGACUGAUAGCUGGUUAAGACCGAGAUUUUGAUUCCAAUCACACAUAUUUUGUUACACAAAAUUUAAUAUGAUAGAUAUGUCUAGUCUAUUUUUUAAUAUGCAGCCUGUAGUAAGUUAUUUGUCUGUGAUAUGUUGUUAUAAUACA